AUGUCCGCUGCCAGCGGCGACACCGUGCGCCGGACGGGUGCGCGCGUGCGCGAUCGAUCGGCAUGCAGGUGUCCGCAGCGUUUUCCCUCCGAUUCAAAUUUUCAAACCGAUCCCGGUUGUGCUUUGGCGUUCUCACCGUCUCUCUUUUACUUCGCUCACAGGAUGAGACCGAUAUACAGCACACUCUCUACAUCGAACAUAGCCAAUAAACCCCCGGCACCAAAAGGGGAUGGGACGAACACGACUAGUGGGAAAAGCGUCCCUACGAGCCGGCUGGGUACAGCUGCAGGUGCGCCAUCGGUGUUUCGCAAACCGGCGCUCGCCGCUGGCAGAUCUGAAGCGUCAACAGGGGCACCGAAUGCAGCUCCUUUACGUCCUUUUAAUGCGGGGAAUAUAUCCGUUAUACGACCUACAGCGGAAGUUCUCGCUGCAGCAACUGCGACGAAUAUCGGCAAAGCCGACGACUCCUUCGAGCAGGAGAAUCUCAACCCGAUGCAGAGGUGGAAACGUGCAGUCGAGCGCCAUAACCAGAAACUCGGUAUAGCGCCUACCGAAGCCGAGCCUGCGAACGAGCUCAGCACCGUAUCGCAGCGGGAGCGCUCACGAGCGCCCCCGGCGGCUGUACGACCGCUCCCCGGGCAGGCGCAGCGCGGUGCGCGUGCUCGUUGGCCGCCCGGCACCGACGACAGACCGCCGUCAACGACGAGUGCCGCGGUCGAGACUGCCGCCAGUACGGCACCGGUACUGAAUGAUGCGGGUGCUGGCGCAGUUUUCGGCGGAGGCAAGGGCGAAGAGAUGUUCCGUCGACGUUUUCAAACGAUUGAAGCGUCGACGGGACCCGAGCCUGGCCCGCGACCGAGCGUGCGCAAACCGCCAGUGAAUCCGGGUCCAACUCAGGAUGCAGCCAGAGAUCGAGUGACAGAAGAGCAGCCGCUUCCUGCUGGCACCACGUUCAUCCGAAAAUUCCAAGCAUUCGCCACGGACAAUGAGCUUGGUGGCACUGCACUGCAGACCGCAUCUGCUGCACCGAUGCGGCCCGGGGAACUCAGAGCCGCAGCAUCGACAGAAUCGCCCGCUGGUCCACCGCCGCGCGCACCGAGCGUGGCACGUCCGGCACCGGCGCUGGCCGCUGGAAACGCUGCACCUGAGCUGCAGCGUCUUGGAACGGAGGCAGUGGCAGCAGCGGCACCGGCGGCAGCGCUCUCCACGGACGACACUGGGCGGCCUGUUUCGACGCCAGCGAAUCCGGAUGCAUCGAAUGCCGCAGCUGGUGAGCGCACGGUGCCGCCACCGCCGCUGUCCGCAUCCGAUACCGGAGCGGGAGCGAACGGCGUCCAGCAGGAAGCGCACGACCCUGGGCGCACCGCCGACGCCAAACCUGAACGCAUGGACGAGGCGCGGCAGGAGGCGGCGACGCGCACUCGCGAUACCUCGCACGCGAGCGCCGACGGACGCACGCCACUGCAUGUCGCCCAGAUACGCGCCGAGCUCGAAGAGGCUCGUCGUGAACACCGUCUGCUGCUCAAGAAACUGAGUGGUAUCGAGAAAGAGCGUGACUCGGUACGCGCGGAGCGUGCCCAGCUCCAUAGCGAGCGCUCAGCCCUGGCUCGAGAUCGCGAUGCGCUUAUAGCGCGCGUCAUGCGACUCCGUCAGCUCAUUCGACGUGAGGCGGCGCUGGCGGAGAACGUCCCGCGCCAUACCGGGAGCGUGCGCCACGGCGCCGGGCGCUAUCGCGAUCCGCUGGCGCGCAAUGCCUGCUCCGAUGAGGAGCGCUCACGCGCUCGCAGUCGCCGCGCUCCCGAGCGACACCGUCGUGAGCGGCGGCGCCGACGUGCCCUGAACGACAGCCUUUGGGAGGUAGGUGUCCGCUUCGGUCGCUGGUGGCGUAAGCUGUUCAUUGCGCCCCGAACGCUCGACAGCGAUGCUUCAGCAGCAUCGCGAUACGACGACUCGGAUGCAUCCGCAGCAUACGUGUCCGCCGAUGAUGCGUGCAGCGGCGCACGCAUCGGCCGCCACCAGCGGCGUCAUCGACAGCAGCAGCAGCAGCAGCAGCGCGCGUCGCGUGCUGUCCCCGAUUUCCCGCCACGUGAUCGCCAGCGGCGGCAACGUCGCGCGCUACGCUCGGAAUCAGCGGUUGCAGCACGCGGCACGGCGCUCGAUGACACGGAGGCGGCAGCGGCGCACGGACGCGUGAUGGCGCUGCAGCGGCGACACGCAUGGCAACGCGCGAGCGGCGGAUUGCACGCACGGCGGGCGCGCGCUGCGCCACCCGGCACCGUCGCGACGGAUGCCGAAGACGAUUCCGAGCAAAUGAACGCGUCUAGCGCCGAUGAGGAGCACGAUGCCUAUGAGCAGCCUCCGAAAUCCGCGUUAUUGGAGUUAGAGCAGCAGCUGCGCUCUUUGGUGCAUCGGUUGGAAGCUAUGGAUACCGUUCUGGUGACCGAAGAUGAUGCACAGCUGGCAGGCGAUCGCGGACGCGCUGACCUUGCAGCGUCUGUGGCAUCGGGAAAGCUCGCAGCCGAGCCAAAACCGACAGCCGCUCGUGCUGCAGCGCCUAUCGAUGCUGUUUCCGCGGAUGGGCCGUUCGUGAUACGCCGACGGAAUCCUCACGUGCACAGCGGCAUCCGCGGUGUUAGUCGACCAAUGCGGCGGCCGAUGUCGCCGGCCGCGGCGAAGCGCCAGUCCAUGCGUCGGACGGGGAAUCCGGCCGCCGUUGUCGAGGUCACCAGUCCGCGACAAGCCCUGCGAGCUGCGAGACGUGCGUCGGCAGCGCCCGCUCGAUCACGCCUGGCUGCGGCAGAGGCGCUGCUGUCGGACUCGGACGCGCUCGACAGUGACGUCAUUGAUCCGGUCGCCUCGGAUGCGUACUCGGAGCCGCUUGAGACCGUGGACGCGUACAGGGAUCGCGAUAUCAGUCAAGGGGACAGCCUUCUCUAUCCAAAUGCAGACUGGUGA